AUGCUGAGCUUCAUACACCCUGCAAUCUGCCAGGCCGGAUUCUUGCAGAGCGAAUUGCCAAGUGUCAAUCGGACUGGCUUCACCGAGCUUUUGAAUUGGGGGAAUGCCAGUAACUCUCAAGUAGACAAGAAAGUCAACAUUAUCUUCGUGCAUGGCUUGAGGGGACACCCGCUUGAGACAUGGACGAGUAGUCUACCGAGUACCAUCAAGAGCAAGUUCAGCUAUCUCCAAAAUAUAAGACUGUUCAGAUCCAUAUCUUCCCUUUUCAGCAAUGGGCAAGAGAAGCGAGUUUUCUGGCCCAGAGACUUCCUCGCGGAAGACAUUCCGCAGGCAAGAGUCUGGACGUUCGGAUACAACGCCGAUGUCGUUGAGCUGUUCCUGGCAAACAACGCGAAUAGCGUGUCUGUACAUGGCAGUAACCUUGCGAUUCAAUUGGAGCGUGAAGUCGAUAAUGAGGCGAGCCCGUCCGUCUCGAAUACCAGAGUCUCCAGACUGAUUAACGCCAAACAGGACCCUAUCAUAUUUGUAGCCCACAGCCUUGGCGGCAUUCUUGUCAAAGACGUGAGAUCAGAGGCUUCGUCAUCGAACUUGUAG